CUUCCCAGUGCUUUUGGUGACGCUGCAUUCCGCAACAUGGCGCUUCUCCGUUUGGUCAGCCUGGUGGUUCUCGUGCUGGCUCUUGGCGCCCAUGCGCUAACCCCAUCACAUCAUCUGACCCCUUCAGACCUAGUUAGACUCCAGGAUGUUUUGAGCCAACCCUACACAGACCUAAAGGCAGCAUAUCUCUCCAUAGUGGGCCAGAGUAAACUGGGAUUGUCUGUUGCUGGCUCAAAUGAGGCAUGUGAUUUCAUCAAGUCAAAUCUGGACCCCUCUAGUGUGGAGUCUCUCUUUUAUGCUGCAGAGGCCAGUCAGACUAUUGCUUCUUGUGAGAUCCCUGUGUCAAAUGAGACACGAGAUUUGCUCCAUGCUACAGUAAGUGAGGACUCUACUAUGUCUCAGAUACACCAGGCUGUGAGUGCGCUCAGUUUUCUUGGGCUUCCUCUGGCCUCCCAGGAGGUGGUCAGUGCCCUCAAAGCGCGCAUCUCCAAGGAGGACAAUGUCUUGGCUAUCACACUGGCUCUGCAGACAGCCUCCCACCUAUCUCAGCAGGCUGAACUAGGAGAGAUUUUGGAGGAAAUUGAAGAUCUGGCAGCGCGCCUGGAUGACCUGGGUGGGGUGUACCUGCAGUUUGAGGAGGGCCUGGAGGUCACAGCCCUGUUUGUGUCUGCAGCUUAUGCCCUGUCUGACCAUGUGGGUGUGGAGCCACCGCUGAAAGAGGAUCAGGUGAUCCAGUUGUUGAACUCCGUCUUCAGUAAGAAGUCGUGGGACUCCCUGUCCGAGGCAUUCAGUGUGGCCAGUGCAGCUGCUGCUCUCGCCGACAACCGCUUUCACAAGCCGGUCAUCGUAAGUGCUGUGGGUCCUGCCACUGUGUCCCACAGUCAACCGCUCCUGCAGCUCCAGGUGAUGGAUGUCCUUUGCCAGUCUCUGAGUUCAGCUAACGUCUUGGUGGAGACGGCUACCUCUGCAGCCACCAAAGCCACCAUCCUGAGCCAGACCCCCUUCACCCAGAGAGAUGGGAUUUUUCAGCUGAACUUCAUGGCCAGCCAGCCAGCGAGUGGUUAUUAUCAGUUCUCUGUGGCCAUCAGUGGGGACAGCAGACUUGUAGGCAACCAUAUUGAGCUCAAAGUCAAAGUUUCCACAAAGGUUUCAAUAAACAACAUGGACCUGUCAGUGGUUGACAAAGACCAGAGCAUCGGCACCAAGACCACACGAGUGGAAUAUCCCAACAAGGCCAAGUCAUCCUUCAUUGCCGAUAGUCACCAGAACUUUGCAAUGAGUUUCCAGCUGGUAGACGAGAGCACUGGAGUGGAGCUCACCCCUCACCAGACCUUUGUGAGACUGCAUAACCAGAAGACUGGCCAGGAGGUGGUGUUUGUGGCUGAGCCAGACAGCAAGAACCUGUACAAGUUUGAGCUGGACACUGCUGAGAGGAAGGCAGAGUUCGACUCCAUCUCAGGCACCUACGCUCUAUACCUGAUGGUGGGAGAUGCCACUCUAGAGAACCCAGUCCUAUGGAAUAUGGCGGACAUCGUUCUUAAGUUUCCAGAUGAAGAGGCUCCAUCAGCCAUUCAGUCAAAGAAUCUGUAUGUUCCCAAACCAGAGAUCCAGCAUCUGUUCCGUGAGCCAGAGAGGAGGCCCCCCACAGUGCUGUCUAACACGUUCACCGCUAUGGUCCUCUCUCCUUUCCUGCUGCUUCUCCUUCUGUGGUUCAAAUUGGGCGCCAAUGUUUCAAACUUCAGCCUCUCCCCCAGCUCGGUACUCUUCCAUGUCGGCCACGCAGCCAUGCUGGGGCUAAUGUACGUGUACUGGACUCAGCUCAACAUGUUCCAGACUCUUAAAUACCUGGCCAUCAUUGGCAGUCUCACGUUCCUGGCUGGGAACCGCAUGCUGGCCCAGAAAGCAGUCAAAAGGAUCGCUGCUGAGCAGAGCUAUAGGUUGGCCAAGUAUAGGAAUCUGCGGUGAAAGGUGUCUUUGAUAGUAACAGAGCCCAGUCUCCCAGGCUGAAACUGGAAAGAAAAUGACGUAUGAACACAGCCAUGAGAGGACUGGUGCUUCAUUUUUGUUCGUGUCUUUAUUUAAGUAAAGAAGUUUGGGAAGUGAAGCAGGAGCUCACUGACAUGGCCAUGUUGCUUCAGACCAGCUCAGUUUAAAGACUGUUCCAAAAAAGGGAGAACUUUACAAAUACGAAAACAAGAAUACCUUUCCCCCUGCCCCCCCCCCCCUUCAGGGGCUUUUUUUUCUUUCCAGGGGAUAAUUAAAUGCACUGUAACAUUGUGGCUGUUUCAUUGAUUGUUUCGUUCAGGUUUGUAAUGCCAGUGGUGUUGUCCUGUAAAGCUGUAAACAUUCUUCCUUUGUCCUUCUACCUGAUCUGUUCCUUAGUUAUUCUUUAGCAAGGGUUUCAACUUGUCUUCAGAUUUACCUUUUUAAGCAGACACCCAUCACCAGAAGUCAUCUGUGCUAUGUGGGAUUGUGUUCCCAAGUAAAGUUUAUUAAACAAUGAAACAUUUUGUGCAUUUUACAGCUUGUACCACACUGAAACAUCAGCUCAGCAAAUGAUGGUUUUGUAAUGAAAACAAAUAAAAUACAGAAACACUUGGA